AUGAACACCUCUUUCACUUCAGUGACUGAGUUUGUGCUGCAAUGUGUGAUCGAUUCUGGACAACGGACUUAUACGAUUGCUGCUCUUGUUUUAAUCUUUUUAAUAUCCUUUACUGGAAACUUGCUGGUUAUUCUGGUCAUUGUGAUAAACCACCAGCAUCAGACACCAAUGUUCAUUUUUAUUGCGGCACUUGCAGUGGUUGAUAUGAUUAAUAGCACAAAUAUUAUUCCACGCAUGCUGGCCGCUAUGAUCUACGGAUCACUCUCUGUCUCGUAUGGACCUUGUGCAUUACAAAUUCACGUUGAAGCCCACAUCCUUGCUGUUGAAACUCUUCUUUUAUGCCUCAUGGCACUUGACCGCUAUGUUGCUGUUGUUUAUCCCUUGAGGUAUCCAUCACUUGUCACAAAUAAAACUGCUUUGGCGUGCCUCUUGCAAGCUAAUGUAAUUGCAGUUAUCAUCAUCACCCCACUGACAAUAUUACUUACCGAACUGAUUUUUUGCAUAAGCAACAGCCUUCCUUCUUGUUUCUGUGAUUACCCUACAAUGGUUCAAAUUGCAUGCAAUGACGAUCCCAAGUUCCUAACUUACCUGUCAACAAUAACCGUCAUCUUUGCUUUUGGUCCUUUGCUGCUGAUUCUCUUUUCCUACAUUAGAAUUACUCAAGCAGCAUUACAAAUUUCAUCAGUUGAAGGAAAAAAGAAAGUUUUCAGCACCUGCUUGACUCACUUGUUAGUGGUUGGGACAACUUAUAUUCCACUCUUUCUGUCCUACAUGUUGCCAGGACUGGGGAUUCCACUGUCUAUCGAAGCCUAUAACACGCUGAUCAUAGUGGGCAAUACUGUUCCUCCCAUGCUCAAUCCUAUCAUUUACAGUUUCCGGAACAAGGAGAUUAAAGGCAGCAUUCUAAAACUCUUGACUGGGAAGAAACAAAGACAAGAAAUUAAAAAUUACUAA